AUGAGUAAUUCCUCGAAUCCUUCGCCUAGAUAUAAUCAAUAUAUCGACCAGAAAGAGUUUGAUAAUGUUGAUAAUGAAACCAAUCGAUAUACAAAUGAAUAUGAAGAUAUGAGUGAUUAUGUUUCUAGUGCAGGUUAUAGAGAUAGUUAUUCCACUGGCGUUGGUACCCAUGAUAGCGUGGUGUAUCCUGAUGAAGCUGUCAUUCAAAGACAUCCUUCAAAAAAAGUUUUAGCAGGUAAUCCUGCUUUUAAUAAUAUGACUAGUAAAGCUUCAUCAAAUAGAUUAGCCAGAGGUGAUACCGUAAAGAAAACACCCCAACUUGAUAAAUUUGAUCCUUCAACUGUAAGCGGUCCUGUUGUAACUGUUAAAAAACCAACUACAAGGAGUGAAAAGCUUCAAUCUUGGAUGAUUAAUGAAGGGAGUCGUGCAAUAUUUUUCGGUGUGUGGAUAACACUUCAUGGUUUAGUUUUUUCUUUGGCUUUUCUCAAUUUCUUCUUUAGUGAUAAUUUGACUCAAGCGAGAGCUACUUUCGGAAUCACAUAUUCGUUUGCAAGAUCAGCUGCAUUGGUUCUUCACGUUGAUGCUGCCAUGAUUUUAUUCCCUGUUUGUAGGAAUUUGAUCUCCGUUUUCCGUGCAACACCCCUUAAUAACAUAAUUCCUUUCGAUGAAAAUAUCGAAUUUCACAAAGCCAUUGGCUGGUCUAUUUUAACUUUCACUUUAAUUCAUACUUUUUCUCAUUGGAUCAAUUUUUUAAAUGUUGCCAAGAACGAUCCUUCACCAAUUGUAUUUUGGCUUAAGCUUAAUUUCUUAUCGGGACCUGGCGCAACUGGUUAUGUGAUGCUUAUAUCCUUGUUAAUUAUGGUUGCUACUGCGACUGAAAAGGCAAGACGAAGUCAUUUUAAUAGGUUUUGGUACCUUCACCAUUUGUUUAUUCCAUUCUUUGGAGCUUGGGCUUUCCAUGGGGCAUUUUGUAUGAUCAAAUUUGAUAGAGAACCAAAGUGUGGUGAAACUACUGCUGUUUUCUGGAGAUAUUGGAUAGCUUCGGGUGUGAUUUACACUAGUGAACGCGUCCUUCGAGAAAUUCGUGCACGACAAACGUCUUAUAUUUCAAAAGUCGUCAUGCACCCCUCACGUGUUGUCGAAAUUCAAAUCAAGAAACCUGCCAUGACGACUAAAGCCGGGCAAUAUAUCUUCUUAUGCUGCCCUGAAGUAUCACUUUGGCAAUGGCAUCCUUUUACCUUGACAUCCGCACCCGAGGAAGAUUUUAUAUCUGUGCAUAUUCGCGUAGUCGGUGAUUUUACCGAAUCCCUAUCUAAAAAAUUAGGAUGUAACUUUGACGAAGAAUUAAAGAUUCGUAAAGAAAACAGAAAUCGUAUAAAAAGUCAAUAUGAUGGAAUUGAUAUUUCAUCAAAUAAUCCGGAACUUCAAAAAGUUUUACCUAGGAUUAUGAUUGAUGGUCCAUUUGGAAGUGCUUCCGAGGAUGUAUUCAAAUUUGAAGUAUCCGUGCUUGUUGGUGCUGGUAUUGGUGUCACCCCAUUUGCUAGUAUCCUUAAAAGUAUUUGGUAUCGAGUUAAUUACCCUACAAAAUCGACUAAAUUAUCCAAAGUUUACUUUUUCUGGAUUUGCCGUGAUUAUGAUUCAUUUGAAUGGUUUCAAUCAUUGCUUUUAGCUAUUGAGGAGCAAGAUAUCGAUCAAUUCAUUGAAACUCAUAUAUACCUUACGGGUCGAUUACGUCAUUCAGAGGUUCGAAACAUUCUCGUGAAUGACGAUGGUAAUGUUAAAGAUACGAUCACGGGUCUUCGUGCACCAACGCAUUUUGGACGACCUAAUUGGGACAAGAUUUUCUCAAAUAUGAGAGAUUUAUAUAAGGCGACGGACAUUGGUGUUUUCUUUUGUGGACCAAAACCACUUGGUAAAACUUUACAUACAAAAUGUAAUCUCUGGAGUCAAGGUUUUGAAGAUGGAACAAGGUUCUUUUAUGGAAAAGGUGAGAAUAAUUAA